UUUAAUGAUUAGUUGGAAAAUUAUUUUUGCGGGUUAACCAUUACCCAUCCACACCCAUCCGCGUCAAUUUGAGAACAUCACGAGAACACCGCAGAAGACUCCAUUAAUCUAAAUUCACUGACUUCGUCCGCCUUUUUUCCUUUUAUAUAAUCUUUUGAAUCUGCACAACGAAUUCCUAAAGUGGAUACAAUGGACUAAUAAAUUUGGGAAUGAAUCCUUCCCCCCAAACUAAAAUGACAGCAAAUGACAGCACCGCCCUCCCUCUCGAUCUUAAAUAUUGGCGCGUCCCAGAAACAUGUACAAAAAACGCGCGCACCAACGACUCCGAAGUCCCAACUCAGCCAGCCCAGUGCCCACCAUGAAAAAAACAAACCUCAAAAAGACCUUUCCCGAAAAUCUCUUCACAUGGCUGCUGCCAUAAGAAAAAACCCUCCUGUUUUGUGCCUUUCUGCCCCCCGUCAGCAACAUUUGACUGUGUAGAUUGUUCUGGCACUACAAAUCCACAUGGAUUCCUUCCCCGGCAAUCAAAAUCGAGGGCGGUGUGGGGAAUGGAUCUUUUCUUCUUAAAUAUGACGCCGAAAAGGUUUCAGCGGAACUUGUGGAGGUUCUUAAAUUCUCGACGUAGAUACUACAUAGUUUGUUCUCGUCGCGCCACGCAGUUGGCUUGGCGUGGCUAUCUUUCCUUGUGGAGGAUGGUGGUGUGAUGCUCUCCAGCUGCUGCGGAAGAACGGGCCGCCUGGAGCUGCAUGGUGUACUGCCUCUGAAGGUCCCUCAGCUUUUCCAGGAGUUCUUGGAACGACGGGCGGCUGGCUGGAUCACUGCAAUAUUAGGGUUUACCAAACCCAAAAUAACAGGGCAUAACACGUUAGACAGUUCCAUAACUACAACAGAAAUCCUAAGAUAAAAAAAAAAAAAAAAAAAACUGAAACAUAAAUCGUAUGACAAAAGAAUAUUGAUCAGAUCGAAUCGUUAGACUGAUCCAAGUAUUAGGGGUGUCCAUUCGGGUUCAGUUUUUCGGGUUUACCCGAAAUUGACUCGAUUAGAUACAUUUUUGGUUUUUUGGGUUCGGUUUGUUUCGGGUUUUUCCGUUUUGCUUAUCGGGUUUUCGGGUUCCGUCUGAAAACCUCCAAGGAAUAGAACUCAGCCCAUAUUCUUAUGCAUUCGGGUUUUUGGCUUUCGGCUUUGCUUUAACCGAACCCGAUAAGGAAUUUUUGGGUUUUUCGGGUAACCGGAAACCGAAAGUCCUUAUCGUUUUCGGGUUUUCGAGUAACCGAAAACCGAAAGUCCUUAUCGGUUUCGGGUUUUCGGGUUUCGGUUCGGGUAACCGAACCCGACCUGAACUGACACCCCUACCAAGUAUGCUUUGUUUCAAAUUCGGCUCGGUUAUUGUCCUCACGGUUCCUUGAUUCUAUAUGGUGCAGCAUGGGUGGAACCAAAUCCCAAUAGUAAAAUCUUAGAAUUGAGAACCGGAACUAGGUAGAAUUAAUACAUGGAUAUCAUCCUAUCCAAUUCAGAUAUCAAUUCAACCCAAUUCAGUUCAGUGCAGAUGGAAUCCUAUUCAGUUCACUACAAACUGCAAAGCCAAUGCCAGCACCUAAAGGGAACAUGUUAAGAGAUCCAGUUCAGACCACCCGGUUUUUGUUUUCUGAUAGGUAUUGCAUGUUGACGCUAUUGCAGGAUUAUUUCACAUAAUGAUAGAAAAGAAAUGUCUUAUACCUAGGAUCUAGCUAACAUCAGCAAGAGUACAUUCAAUCAGUGGCGGAUUCAGGAAUUUUAAAUAGGAGUGUCCUCUUAAAAAAAUUAUAAAUUAUAAAUUAAAUCAAAUAAUUAUUAAAUAUGAAAAUAUUCAACUAGUAAAAGUUAGAAUAAAAUUUCAAACUUGUUCCGUAUUAUGAAAGAAUGGUAAAAUACAUUCGGUGUAUACAUUGCUCAACACAUCUCUCGUGACAUAUCCUACUAGAUAAGGGUAACCCGUAAUUGGGUUUAAUCGUUAGGUUUUGAAAAUAAUUGGGAAUAAGAAUAGUUCUUUACU